AAAAUGAGAGGGUUCUAGUCCAACAGUGAAAAGCAGGUGUAGAAAUAAAACUGUGGAAAUUCUGCAAAAUCAUUGAAUCUAGUUUUGAAAACUUGAAAUUAAACAAAAGCCUAGCGACAAGGGACACGCAAACCUUAUCCCUUUGCAGCCCUGUAUUUAAUCAUCAAGUCACUCAUAACGCACUUGUAAAUUAAAAAGGCUGCUGAAGAAUUUGGGUCUAAAUCAUACCUUUUAUCUAUGGAUUCCUGUAUUUAAAUGUGAGUUAAUUUAAUUUCAUGUCUUUCGGCCCUGCCCAUGGGCUGAGCUCUAUUCAAGGACAAUGGGGUCUGUCUGUAAAUGCUCAUGUAACUGCCAACCCUCACGCACACUUGAAUAGCAUGGCCAGUUUUGUGCGCUUCUUCUCCCCUAUUUCGGGCCGCUUUCUUGGUACACCUCUCAACUCAAGCUACAGAGCGUCACCAUGCAUCUGGCACAAAGGAUUCGGCCGGUGCUCAGUGCGCCGUAGCAGCUCUCAGGACACCAGCACAGGAGAAAAGGUUGUACUGCAUAUUGUUAAUCAAGACGGCAUGAAAACUACUACACAAGUCACAGAGGGUGAAUCCCUGUUGGAUGUUGUCAUCAACAAAAACCUGGACAUCAGUGGCUUUGGGGCUUGUGAGGGAACAUUAGCGUGCUCCACUUGCCACCUAAUUUUCGAUGAAAACAUUUAUAACAACCUGGGACCCAUAAUGGAUGAGGAGAUGGAUAUGCUUGAUUUAGCUUACGGGCAAACUAAAACAUCCAGGCUGGGCUGCCAGGUAAACAUACAAAGAUGGAUGGAUGGCAUGACUGUACAUGUGCCCCAGGAGAUCAAAGACAGAAGAAACGAGUAGUCACCAGUGAUUAUCCACUAAAGAACGUUUUCAUACAAAAUGUUAUCAGCAUUAGCAUGAACAAUAAUUAGGUUUUGUUAUAGAGCAAAAUGCAAAUAAUAUGCAAUGAAUGGUCACUUUAUUUAUAACUAGUACUGGGUAGGACACACUUUUGCCACCUGAACCAUUUCAAGGGGGGGUGAAUUGUGUGCUCUGAGAAGUCUAAAUGCAGACCACUUUUAUAGUGAGCUGUAAUUUUUGAAUGCAAGACCUUCCUGUCAACUUUAAUGACUGACCAUUUGUCUCCAACUGCUCUCAUUAACACCAUGUUAGGGUGUUUUUUUGGCUACAAAAAUGCCAUUGAAAGCAUUGUUUUGUUCAUUAGGCCAUUCUUUCUAAACGUAAGAUACUAUUUGAAUGAAAAUCUGAGAUGCUGGAACCUCCACUUCUGACACCAGCAAUUACACCACAUUCAAAAUCAUUUAGAUCGCAGAUUUUAGCCACUCUAAUGUUUAUUCCAAUGAUAGCUAAACCUUUUCACCUUGUCUAUGUGGUAUUCAGCCAUAUAAUUUGCUAUUUGUAGUUUCACACUGUUCACGUCAACAAUCAUGUGUGCCUAAUAAACUGGCCACAGAGAA